AUGGUUCUUUUCAAGUCUGAUAAUGACUACGCCUUGCGUAACCGUGCCUGGUCGACCGAAACGGAGCUCCGUGUACAGGAUGGCAAGACCUGGAUCCCGCGUCUCAAGAGCGAACAUGCAAUGAACAAGCGCUACAUGCCAAGCAGACGUACUAUCCACGAUCAAAUACAGAUUUUAUCCUCAAAUAUUACUAUGGCGGAGUCCGGUGAGCUGUUCGAAACCAGCGAGGUCGCUGCAAAAGUGACGACAGACGGAGCGGUCCGCUACAGUUGUGGUAUACGAGGCCGACAAAGCUAUGCAACUGGCCAUAUCGACUUUGGCAGCGCUUCUCGGGGUGAGGCUGGUAUUGAUCACUACCAACCCAGAGAGUCGUCGUGUAUCGAGCUUCUCGACGGACUUGGCGGACGCUUGGAGCAUCUCUUUCCGUCUAGCGUUCGUCGCGAAAGUUUGUACAGUCUUCGCAACAUUCCUGGUCAUGCAAUUACUGGCUGCAUUGCCCGUGACGCAACAGCUGGGGCAGCCUUUCUCGAGGCUGCACAGUGUGACACGCUCAAGUUGGCAACAUCUCAGCUCGUGCCGCGGCUCAUAAAUGCUCAACAGGCGGCUGCACAUGACGGGUCGCUCGGUGUAAUCGACUGGACUAGCGACGAAAAGGUUGAGGUGAGCCUUCGUCCUUCGGCUUCCACGGUGCUCUUGUCCCCUACAAAGACAUACCUGCUCGCCGGCAUGACUGGGAGCCUCGGGCGUUCCGUAGCGGAGUGGAUGAUUUGCAGGGGCGCACGACACAUAGCUCUGACGAGUCGAAACCCAAAAGUAGAGCAGUGGUGGAUUGAUGAGAUGACAAGCUCUGGGGCAAAAAUAUUGGUUCUCGCAAUGGAUGUCACAGAUAAAACGUCGAUCCUCAGAGCCCACAACAGUAUCAUGGAGCAAUUUCCCAAGUUCGGUGGCGUCGUGAACGGCGCGACAGUGAUCCGAGACGCUUGGCUGUCCAAUACGACUUACACAGACUGGGAGGAUAUCACGAAGCCGAAGGUCCAGGGAAGUAUUUUACUGAGCGAGGUGUACUCAGACAAAAAUCUGGACUUUUAUAUCUUGAUGGGUUCCAUCUCGGGACACAUCGGAAACCGCUCGCAGUCGGCUUACGCAGCCGCCAACUCGUUCAUGUCGAGCCUCAUCAGUCAGCGCCGCAGCAGAGGCCUAGUGGGAAGCAUAGUGGGAAGCAUCAUCAGCCCCGGUCCUAUUCUCGGCGUCGGCUACGUCUCUGACGCGGACUCCAAGCUCCGGGAGCAGCUCAACGAGGCCACGGGCUGCUACAAUACGUCGGAGCAGGAUCUUCAUGAGCUAUUCGCGGAGGCCAUCUUGGCGGGACGGCCCGAAGCCGGCCGCAACCCGGACAUCAUUGCGGGUUUCAAGAAGCCCAGCCCCAUAAAGCAGCCAGGCAUCAAGUGGUAUCAGAUUGCUAAGGUUUGGCACUUCAUAGACAGCCAAGAGGGUGGCUUUUCGGACGACAACGCACCGUCUGGCACAGGCACGCGUGCCUCGAUACGGGAGCAGCUCGCUUCCGUGACAACGGCGGCCGGGUCGGUGAGCAUCAUCGAAGCAGAGUUUAUCGUAAAAGUCACCAGUAGGCUACUGCUACCGGAGGGCUCAGUCUCGAGGGAAACGUCGCUUCCAGAGCUCGGGGUCGACUCUAUCAUCGCCGUUCUAUCAUCGCCGUGGAACUGCGCUCAUGGUUGGCCAAAGAGGCAGGUUUAA